AUGGAGAAGAAUUUUGAAGCCAUGGAGUGCCCGGAGAAAUACAAGAAGAAGAUCGCUGUGUACUAUUUGGAAGGAGACGCAACAGGAUGGUGGGACAGGAUAGACAGGCAGCGUGGACAUACUAUUACAUCGUGUCCAUCUUUCAAGAGGGAGUUUGAGAGGAAAUACUUUCCUCCAGAAGCGAAGCAUCGGUUGGAGCGCCAGUUCAUGAACCUUGUUCAAGGAGAUAUACCCGUUAGGAGUUAUGAGUCGGAGUUUACAAGGUUGAGGCGAAACAUUUUUGAUGGGCGCGAAGAUGAAGCAACUAUGAUCCGUAACUUUAUGUACGGAUUGAAGCCGAAGCUUGGAAGUCGUUUAGCUGGAAGCAACUUUAGCAGUUUAUCGGAUCUGGUGGAAAAAGCUGUUAAUGUUGAAACUGUAUUGGAGGCUGAAAGGAAGACCAUACCGCAUUCUGGUGGACACACCAAGUUUAGCCAAGGAGAAAGACCGAGUUUAAGCAAGGGUCCAAAGUCUAACAAAGGCAAAGGGCGAAGAUUCGGAGGCCAAACCAAUUAUCGCAGUAACACUAGAGUGUGUUACAUAUGUGAUCAACCGGGACACAUUUCGAAGUUUUGUCCCAGCAGACAACGGAGUAACCAGCAAGGUUAUUCAUCGCUGAGGAUGGAAGAUGUCACUUGUUUCUUAUGUGGAAGGAAGGGCCAUUAUGCAUCGUCAUGUCCAAACAAGCCAAUCCUUGCGACCCCUCUCGCGAUCCGAGCUCUUCCUAGCCGUCCAGCAAUUGAGCCGGCACCAAAGAAGCAAAACCUAUGA